AAAAAAAAAGAAUCGCAUAAAGCGAGUAAACUUGGAAAAAGGAACGAAAGUCGUCGGAGAAAGGAGAGAAGUGCGUGUUGUUGGUUGCGAAGGAUGUCCGGAGGAAUCGCCCGUGGUCGCCUCGCCGAGGAGCGCAAGGCCUGGCGUAAGAAUCACCCCCAUGGUUUUGUGGCGAAGCCCGAAACGCUUCCCGAUGGCUCCGUUAAUCUUAUGACCUGGCAGUGCACCAUCCCUGGCAAACAGGGGACGGAUUGGGAAGGUGGUUAUUUUCCUCUUACUCUUCUUUUCAGUGAGGACUACCCGAGCAAACCUCCCAAAUGCAAGUUUCCUGCAGGUUUUUUCCACCCCAAUGUCUAUCCUUCUGGAACUGUGUGCCUAUCAAUUCUCAACGAAGACUAUGGAUGGAGACCAGCCAUUACUGUGAAACAGAUUUUAGUGGGGAUACAAGAUCUGCUUGAUCAGCCAAAUCCUGCUGACCCGGCUCAGACAGACGGUUAUCAUCUAUUUAUCCAGGAUCCAGUCGAGUAUAAGAAGAGGGUUCGUCAGCAAGCUAAACAGUAUCCAGCGCUGAUCUAAUGUGAGCCAUGUGAUUAUAUUCGCUACUAUUUGUCAUCGAACUCUUUGAAUGCGAUUGGACAAGAACGAUGUGUUCUUAUACAGCAACAAACGGUAUAUAUUGUUCAAAACUAACUGAUCAGGGCAUGGUUGUUUUGGUUGCCUUUCACUAGCAAACCUAAUUGAUGAGUAACUCGUCUGUAUUUAAGGUCAUCCGCCAGGAUGUGGAGUUGUAUGCUAUUUCACAAGACUGUUGCUUUGGUUCC